AUGCAACUUUCGGUGCAACUCUCAUAAACCAUCAAUACAAAAACACAACAUGCAUCCUUAAGAUAGAUUUUGAGAAGGGCAUAUAUACACACCAAGCCCAUAGCAUACCCGUCCGACCGAUAGCCAAUUCUACCAUCCUCAUAAUGGACGCGCACGCCCUCCUGACCGCCCAAGGGUGGCGGGGCAAAGGACACACGCUGCAUCCAACGAGCGACAGCACGGGAUUGACGCACCACUUGCUGAUGAAGCGCAACGACGACGGUAGCGGACUCGGAAGCAAGAAAGGUGAUCACAAGGCUGAGGCAUGGUGGCUUAAUGCAUUCGACCAGGCCCUCAAGGGCAUCGACACUAAGACCGGCACCAUGAAGCAGACCCUUAAAGGCGGCGCGCUCGAAAAGAUCACCUCUCGCAGCGCAGCUAGUAAAUACAUAGGCACACGGGGCCUGUACUCUUCAUUCGUGCGCGGCGGAGUCAUAGAAGGGACCGUAGGCCAGAGCCUGGUGACGGGGCUCCCGACGCCUCCAGAUAGCGGCGUUGGCACGCCAGAGGCUUCUUCCUGUGUAGACGGGAAAGAGACGAAAGAAGAGAGGGGGGCUAGAAGACAAGCCAAAAAGCUACGGAAAGCAGAGAAGCAAGCGAGGAAAGAGGUCAAAGAACGGGCUGCGAGGAAGGUCGAGAAGAAAAAGGCGAAGAAGGUGGAGAGGGAACGGAUAAAGGCUGGCGAGACGAAGGAAGAGCGUCGCGCAAGGAGACAGGCGAGGAGGAAGCGAAAAGAGGAGAAGAGACGGCUUAAAGUAGCGUCUGGGGGAUGAGUAGAGGAUUUCGAGGGAAGAAAGCAAUUUACUCAUUGAAGUUCUCAUACCCGGAGCUUCUCUCCUCGGGUUCACGAUGGUCGGGAUGCGAUAUACUAGCUCUGCGGCACACUCUGUGGUGCAUUCGUGGAUCUACGCCGAAGGGUUCAUUAAGUUAGCGUCCUUUUCGGACAAGGUUAAUCACCAGAGAUGGACAGCCGGCUUACUGUUGUAGCUCAUGCUCCUCGUGAGCAGGUUGCUGUUGCUGUCUCCGUUGCGC